AAAUAUGUCAAUGAUAUUUUCUCCUAAUAAUUAUCCAUCAAAAUAUGUUAUAUUCUUGUCACUUUUCAUAUGCCUAAACAUAAUAUGAGAACGAUGAUAAAAGAAUAUUUAACAUGUGAACAUAUGCAUGUUAAAUAUGUGUGCAUAUAAACAUAUUAAAAGGACUCGAUUAUGAUCACAACCGUCGUAAUAAAAUCGAGGACCAAAAAAAGCCUAAUUUUAUGGAUCUGCUGCGGUGCAUGUCUCACCAAUGACGUGACAUCCUACAAAAGCAGUACUACAUCCCUCCCAUGGUUAGAAGUUAUGAUCUCCUGUUCUUGUGACAGAAGCACUGGUCUGAAGAGAGUAUUUCACGAGUAUACAUGCUGCCACUUUAUACACAAGCCAUGCCCGUCCAUGGAAUGGCCACCGAGGGAUUAGUAUGUGACGCUUGUCUCAACCACAUCAGAUGGAAUGGUGCCACAGUCGGCAAAGAUGGCACACGUAUUUGCAUGUAGCCAACCCAAAGCGGGUUCACUCCACGACACCAAGCAAGUCCAUGAAAUCACCUCUCAAUAGCGAUAUGCUUCUGACACUCCAAACCUGUCCAGGCUCGGCCCCUUUCGCAAAGGACAUGCCACAUCCCCCCUCCCUCCUCUCCGUCCUCGUUUUACCACCGUGAACAGAACAAUAAAGUGAACCGCUGCAAAUAGCAGAACAGCCAAAUCCUUGUGAGCUCAGUUUCAUAAAUUCUACCACCUCCAUUUCUCUUGACACCGCUCUAUCUGUAGAUCAUCUCUCCCAUCGCCAUCACCUCUUCUUUUCUUCUUCUUCUUCUUCUUCUUCUUCUUCUUCUUCUUCUUCCCCUCCCAUAUGGGUUCCAAAACCUUCGGGAAUUUUGGGCUCCACUGCACUUUACUGUUACUUCUAGUUGCCUCUUUGCAUGGCAUAACGACAGAGAGCUUAGCCCACAAGCGUCGCAACAACGGCGGGUCGGCGAGGAAGUGGGAGAGGGCGAGUGGUGUCAGUUGCAAGAACAUGUUCCGAGGGAGGUGGGUUUACGACGAGACCUACCCGCUCUACGACUCCUCAAGUUGCCCCUUUCUGGAGCCAGAGUUCGAUUGCCAGCGAUACGGCCGGACCGACAAGAUGUACCUCAAGUACAGGUGGAAGCCUGAUGGUUGUGAGCUCCCAAGGUUCGACGGCCAAGAUUUGCUGAAGAGGUGGAAAGGCAAGAAGAUUAUGUUUGUGGGGGACUCCAUCAGCUUGAACCAGUGGCAGUCACUGGGCUGUAUGCUUCAUGCCGCGGUGCCGAACGCCAGGACGACCUACACAAGAAAGGAGGCUCUCUCCACCAUCGCAUUCGAGGAUUAUGGAGUGUCGGUAGUGUACUACCAUACCACAUACCUGGUGGACAUAGUGAACGAACCCAUCGGCCGCGUCCUGAAGCUCGAUUCCAUCCAAUCUGGCUCGGUGUGGCUGGGCGCCGACGUGUUAAUCUUCAAUACCUGGCAUUGGUGGACUCACAGAGGAAACAGCCAACCGUGUGAGAGAUGCCCUAACUCAGAACCCUGCAUUAUUCUUUGGAAAAGCUGUUAUUUCAUCUACCAUGUCAGUCUAACAACAGCAAUCUUGUGGUGCAGAUGGGACUAUGUACAGGACGGAGUCCAGGUUUACCGAGACAUGGAUAGGUUGCUGGCCUUCAACAAGGGGCUAACUACUUGGGCCAAAUGGGUGGAUUCCAACGUCAAUCCUGCCACAACCAAAGUCUUCUUCCAAGGGAUAUCCCCAACCCAUUACCUAGGGGUCGAUUGGGGAGACCCAAGUGCAAAGAACUGUUACAGACAGAUCCAACCAGUCAAAGGAUCAACUUACCCUGGUGGUCCAGUUCCAGCUCAGGGCAUCGUGAAGAGUGUUCUUAGUACCAUGACAAAGCCAGUUUAUCUGCUUGACAUAACCUUGCUCUCCCAACUCAGAAAAGACGCACAUCCAUCUGCAUACAGUGGAGAUCACGCAGGCAUGGAUUGCAGCCACUGGUGCGUUUCCGGCCUUCCAGAUACUUGGAAUCAGAUCCUAUAUGCAGCACUCUGUUGAUGGAAUAGAUGUUUCUGACAAUAUUUGUGGAAGGACUAGAAAGUACACAAUUGUUAACUGUUUAGAAGUUAGGAAGAAUUAUUUUCAAUAUCUGUUAAUGUAUUCUUCAGUGAUUCAAUGGGGGGUAUGGUCAGUGAUAAUAAUCUCUUGCUUGGACAAAUAUGAAAUCAAGAAGCCUAAAAAAAAUGUGGCAAAAUUGUAACAUUGUCAUUUGUCAUACCAAUAAAAUAUCAUUUUAUCAAUAUCAGAGGGUUCAGUAGCAAUAGUUUAAUUUAUGAUGCAAAGUUCUUUGUUUGGAAGCAGAACCUCAUAUUCAUGUGUUUUUUUUCCCUUGAGUUGUCUGUUACACGAUGAGAUGGUGGACAAUAUAGUUAGCUCCAUUGAUACCACAAGAGGUUAAACUAAUUCUUCCAACAAAAAUAUUUUGAUCAAUGACUAAACGAAGCUGCAGCUGCAGAUCCAGAUUGUAAAACAGCAUAUGCAAGACUGCCACUAAUGCCAAAUGAUUCAGGGAAAUGUUAGCAUACGAACAAAUGCCAAUAUUCAAGCCUGCUUUUUAGUGAAAUCAACUAAUGAACACGUAUGUGUCUUUCAGUGAAAAGAGAUAAAAGGAAAAAAAAAAUGGCAAUAACAAAACUUGCCAGAG